AGCCAGUGCGACUGCUGGCCUGGAGGCGCCGGGAGCUGCUAUUGUAAAUCGGCUCAGUCGAGGCGGGUUUUAAAACGAGCGUUAGUGCCCCCCCCCUCCACCACGGAAGGAUAGAAAAGGAGCCCCCCCCGCCUUCCGCGUCGUGGAUUAGAUGGUUUCAGGUCCGGACGAAGGUAUCAGGAGUCCGUGAGGUGGCCAUUGGAGCGAGAGAGACAUGGCGACAGGAGGGGUCCCCUUUGACGACGACGGCGUCGAUGACCAGGAGCUUCCCAACUGGAGCAUCAGUAACGGGAGCCUGGAUGACCGGCUGAACAAUAUGGAUUGGGGCGUGCAGCAGAAGAAAGCCAACAGGUCUUCGGAGAAGAACAAGAAGAAGUUGGGUGUUGCUGAAAGCCGGUUAACCAACGACAUCUCGCCAGAGUCUACUCCUGGCGCUAGUCGGAGACGGGCAAGAACGCCCCACUCCUUCUCCCAUGUGAAGUACGCCACCCAGAUGUCUGUUCCUGAGCAAGCAGAGCUAGAGAGACUCAAGCAAAGGAUCAAUUUCACGGAUUUGGAUGAGAGGAGCAUUGGGAGUGACUCGCAAGGCCGAGCCACAGCUGCAAACAACCAAAGGCAAGUCGCCGAGAACAAAAAAGCGUUCAACUUCUUGCCCCUGCACGUCAACACUAACAAGAGCAAGGAAGUCCCUGCCUCUGCUGGCAAAGACGGCAAAAGGCAGUCCCCAGGCAAAGACCCGUCUGCAUCGGUUCUGAGCAAAGAUCCGUUUCAGGGGGACCAGGGAUCUCAAGCGGAAGAUGGCAGGGGAGAGCCUGGAAUGGACAGUAGUCAGGUUGUCAGCAAGCUUGUUCAAAUUAGGGAAUAUAUUGCUAAGGCCAGCUCCAUGCGAGAUGACCUUGUGGAAAAAAAUGAAAUACCAGCAAAUGUUGAGCGUUUAUCGCAUCUAAUAGAUCACCUAAAGCAACAGGAGAAAUCCUACUUGAGAUUUCUACAAAAGAUAUUGGCGAGAGAGAAUGACGAAGAGGACAUUUGUACCAUUGAUUCAGCAGUGGGAUCAGGCUCUGUGGCCGAGAGUACGUCUCUGAAUAUAGAACUUCAUUCUGAGGCUUCGGAUGCCACAGGUCGAGAUCCUCACGGCGAAGCGAAGGAGGAGCUGGAGAACCUCCGGCGGCAGCACGACCUCCUGAAGAAGAUGCUCCAGCAGCAGGAGCAGCUGAGGGCGCUGCAGGGGAGGCAGGCCGCCCUGCUGGCCAUGCAGCACAAUGCCGAGCAGGCCGGCGCCGGCGUGGACGAUGCCGGUAUGAGGCAGCGGCACCCUGUGCCUUCUCGUCCAUUCAAAGGGCUUCCCCUGCGUCCUGUCUCUCAGAGGAGUUCGGACCGGCGCGGCGUGGUCUCGGCCCCGGCGGCCCCUCCGGGGAGGUCCGCAGCGGUCAACGUGGAGGCCAACAGCCUCUCCUCGACUGCUCGGCUGGACUCGGUGGCUUCCCCGAACGAGAGUGAGGGAGAAGACAACGUGAACCCCACUGACAAGCUGAGGAAACUGAAAGAGGUUCAUAAGAGACUGAAUGAGCUGCGUGAGUUGGUCCAUUACUAUGAGCAGACCUCUGAUAUGAUGGUGGACACCGUAAAUGAAAACAUUAAAGAUGAUGAUGAGAAAACUGAAGGUUCCUUAUUUGAAUCUCUUUUUGAUUCUGACCAUGAGAAUCCAGAGCCAAUUACCAAUAUAAGGAACCCGCAAAGAGCUGGAAAUUGGUUGGACAUGAAUAGUUUGACCAAUGCUCAUAGUACAAAUAAUAGAGAUGGAAGAUUGAAUACUGACUGCGAGAUCAACAACAGAUCAGCAACAAAUCUGAGAAGUUUAAACAUCCCGUCUGUGAUAGAAUGCCAGUACAAUCGAGAUCGGCCAUACAAUGAAGUCAAGGAUACGAAAGAUGAGGAGUGGCUUGAUGAUGAAGAUGAUGGCCGGGAGAGGGAGGGCACUGAGGUCUCUGGGUCUAGCCGAAGAAGCAGCCUGGAGGAGGAGGAGGAUCCCGAGUUUGUCCAGAAGAUCCACAGACUUCACACAGCUAAACAAAAGCUCAGACACCUGCAGGAGCUUGUUGCAAUGGUGCAGAGUGACGAUACUGAUGGAACCACUGCUAACGCAUCAAGCGUGACUGAAGAUGAUGGCCUGAACCAGCAACCAAAUAACACAAGAACUAAUGCUUCUAAGCUGAAAAAAGACAUUGCUCUGAAAGAAAAGGCCAGGGAGAAAUUCUAUGAAGCUAAACUUAAGCAGCAGCAGAAGGAACUCAAACAGCUGCAAGAUGAGAGACAGCGGUUGAUGGAAAUUCAAGAGAAGAUCCAAGACCUACAGUGGGCAUGUCCUGACUUGCAGUUAUCCGUAUCAAGCACAAUGAGUCAACCCACAUCCAAAAGACUUCCUGCUGCAGCUUCAACCCCUGCUGUUAAUACCAACGGCGCCGUUUUAAAAUCAACAGUGGAGCCUGGAUCAGUCUCUGCCCCUGAUAAUGAGCUUUGGUCCGAGAUGCGUCGACAUCAGAUCCUGAGAGAGGAGCUGCGACAAAGAAGAAAACAACUUGAGUUGUUAAUGGCUGAGCAUCAGAGACGGAAAGUAUUGAAUGACAGCGCUUCCAAAAAUGGUGAUGCACAGAUGCAGGAUCCACAGCACCCAAGCAGAAAUGACAGGACAAUGGCGACAUGGGGCGGCUCUACACAGUGUGCACUUGAUGAGGAUGAAGAUGGCUACCCCUCUGAAGAGACAGCCCAAGAAGAAGAAGAAGAGGAGGAGGAGGAGGAGGAGGAGGGACAGUCCAGUUCAUGUGAGGAUGCGGCUCCUUAUUCUUGCAGGAACACCAGGGAUAGCGGCACAAGAAAACGGAGAGAGAGCAGCUGGAAGAGCUCUCGCCCGCUUUCCACGGAUGGCAAUGCGCGCCCGUCUCCCAGUUCAAGGCAACAGCAGAACAUCAGCAUGCGACGCCAGGAGAAUCUUCGGUGGGCGUCUGAGCUGUCUUUUGUGGAGGAAAAACAACACUGGCAGGAGCAAAUAAGCCAACUGAAGAAACAGCUUGACUUCAGCACUACCAUGUGCCAGACUUUAAUGCAAGACCAGCAGACACUUUCAUACAUGCUUCAGACUCUCCUCACCAGCCCCUACGGCGUGUUGCCAAACAAUGUUGGAUCUCCUCAGGUGCACCUGAUCAUGCACCAGCUGAAUCAGUGCUAUGCUCAGCUGGCCUGGCAACAGAACAACGUUCAGCGGCUGAAGAAAAUGUUAAAUGACCUGUUAAACCAGGAAAAUUCACAGCAACCGGAGCAAACUGCUAACCGUGACCCCGGUGUCUGCUCUGCAUCUCCAAAUCUUUUCUCUCCUUUCAAUUUACAUCCCCAUUUAAGUUCACUGAACAUGCCUGGGCUUGCAAACUUCGCUCCUGUCACUGCUGGGUUUAGCUUCAAUCCUGUGUUUCCGCCAGUCUUUGGAGAAUUUCCUCAGAGCUCUGCUCCGCAGGCCGGCACUGAACAGCCACAAACCGUGGAUCACAACACUUCAGUGAAAACUGAGUAUAUGGCCUUUCCACAGCCGUUCGAAAGCUCUUCUCUGAAUGGGGUGGAAAGGAAAAGGAAUUCGAAGGAGGGCGAAGGUGAUCGACAAGGUGCUUUCUGGCAUGGUGGCGCUCAUAAUGAAAAAGCUGACGGGCCUUCCUCUGUCGUCGUGGACAAGACCACUCAAAGCCAGAGGACGGGAAAAGCACAGCCGGUCAGAAACGGCAGAAGCAGGCAGUUUGAUGAAGAGUCUUUAGAAAGCCUCAGCAGUAUGCCUGAUCCCAUAGAUCCCACUACUGUGACUAAGACCUUUAAAUCAAGAAAAGCUGCUGCCCAGGCAAGUCUUGCUUCAAAAGAUAAAACACCCAAAUCAAAGAACAAGAGAAAGAGAAGUAAUGGACAGAGCAAACCCUUUGGAGGGGGUAACAUGGGACAGGAAAGCGACAGUGUCUCUAGUGCUAACGAAUACAACAGGGUGAGAAGUCCUCACUCCAAGCAAAAAGAAGAAUCUGAGAAGGUCCUCGACAAACGAACACCGGAUCAGCUGGACACUAAACUAACAUGCAGCAAGUCCAAUGACCUCUCUUCUGCAAAUGUUUGGAGAGCUUCCUUCCACUCUAACAGAAAUGCAUGCACUGAAGCACCAGAUACUAGUAGCGACUUUUCCCUGUUUGAAACCUUGCGAGAGACGAUAUAUUCUGAAGUGGCCACGUUAAUUUCACAGAAUGAAUCUAGGCCACACUUCCUCAUUGAACUUUUCCAUGAACUUCAGAUGCUCAACACUGAUUAUUUGCGGCAGAGAGCACUUUAUGCCUUACAGGACAUUGUGACCAGGCACCUGAUAGAGAAGAAAGACACUAAUGAGGAGCAGGCAGCAUCUCUGAGCUCAGCUGCCUGGGCAGCAUCAAAUUCAGAACUUACUCCCAGUGAAAGUCUCGCUACGAGCGAUGGAGACGUUUCUGAGAAGAAUACUGAAAACAAACUUAAUCUGAACAGGAAACAUAAUGGUGGCGAUACUGAAUUUAUGGAUAAUGAAAGUACCCUGUCUACCUCUUCAAACCUUGAGCCAUUUGCAAAUGAUGAUCUAGGGAACACUGUGAUUCAUUUAGAUAAAGCGCUGGCUAGGAUAAGGGAAUAUGAGCGCAUGAAGCUCAGAGCUGAAUAUAACGAAAAUGCUGCUGACUCUUCUGCUGUUGAACAAGGUGCUUCUGCAACCCCUCCUGGCCUAACGGGGCACAUCUCUUCAGAUAUCCCUUGCCCGCGAAUUGAUACACAGCAGCUGGACAGGCAGAUUAAGGCCAUCAUGAGAGAAGUCAUACCCUUCCUUAAGGAACAUAUGGACGAUAUAUGCUCUUCACAGCUUCUGAUAUCAAUUAGGCGUAUGGUCCUUACAUUGACACAGCAGAAUGAUGAGAGCAAGGAAUUCGUCAGGUUUUUCCAUAAACAGCUUGGAGGUAUCUUGCAGGAUUCAUUGUCAAAAUUUGCUGGUAGAACACUGAAGGAAUGUGGAGAGGAUCUGCUUGUGGAAAUUUCUGAAAUCCUCUUUAAUGAACUGGCUUUCUUCAGGCUGAUGCAAGAUCUGGAUAACACCAGUACUACAGUAAAACAGAAAGAGAGAAAGAAAAGUGACACUACUUCUUCAAAACAAACACUUAAGCCAGAGGAAAGGAAAACAGCUGGUAGUGAGCAGUCAUUGUCAGGAGAUUUACUUGAUCGGGAUAAAGUCGACCCUCAGCAAGGUCUUGAUGUGGAUGAGCCUGAAAUAAAAGAAACCAAUCAAGUUGAAGUGAAGGAGAGCAUGAGCUGUGAUGGAUCUGACCGAGAGGAUGAGGAUGAUGAUGAAGACAGUGGGAGAUUGCCCUUGUCUAUAAGCCUGUCAAAAGCAGAGACCCAGGCUUUGACUAACUAUGGCAGUGGUGAGGAUGAGAACGAAGAUGAAGAGCUUGAGGAGUUUGAAGCUGGCCCUGUUGAUGUUCAGACCUCUCUUCAGGCUAGCAGUGACGCUGGCUGUGAACAUGAGCAGGUUACAAAUGUGAUUUCCUGGAAUGCAAGUCAAGAAGUCAAGUCUGGUCAAGUGUCUGUUGAAAGCCCUGAAGAUAAGUCCGAAGCCUUGAAGUUGGCCGAUUCGAGAGAGGCAAAAGAAGAAGCUGCUCCUUUUGGCUGUGCUGCGAACACUAAAGAUGAAUCGGUCCCUCCGCCGCCCAGGAAUGAGGGAACUACUGCAGAUACAGGAGAAGCUCAGCUGGAAUCUGGAUCAACUACUUUAACACCAGAGAGCUCCUUGGCAUGCAGCCCUGAUACCGACUCUCCCGUCUUGAUUAAUGACUAUGAAGCUGGGUCUGGAAAUUUAAGUCAAAAAUCUGAUGAAGAUGAUUUUGUGAAAGUUGAAGAUCUGCCAUUGCAGCUUUCAGUGUUGUGUGAGGAUGAACUCCAAAAAAGAAUUGCAGAAGAACAAGAGAGUAACAGCUUGUCAUCGGAGAUCAUUCAGGGAGGUGGGGAUGGACUUGUAGAGCUUGUUGGAAACGCACAGACUUUAAAAGAACCCGAAACCAUUGGAGCCCAAAGUGCAUGAUGGUUCUUCUCCUUAAUGUAUAGUUUUAAGCAACUACUGUACAUGUAAGUUAGCACUAUGUACACAUUUUAUUCCACAUUUGAUUAAACUGUAAUAACCUGUAAAUUAUACAAUUUUUGGACACUGCCUUUUAGAGUAGCUGUGGUGUUUGAGCACUGCAAAUGUUGCAGACUUAGAUAUGCAAAGUACUUACUGCACUGUUUUCUUUCAUUAUUGACCUUUAGGCAUGUUGUAAUGUUUAAUUGUUUUCUGAGGUUUUAAAAUGUUUACUAUGCAGUAAUAAAUUAAAUUGAAGUUUUUCAAAUUUCUAAACUUCUUGACUUAAGAUUUAUUCUUCUCCCUGUAAAGCUGUUAAUAAAUUGAGUUUCAAAACAUUUGAAUAAAUUGACAGUUAAAUCUGAAAUUCUCAAGUCACAUCUUAACUGUUUUUUAUUCUGUUUUUAUCUUGUGUUAAAGAAUGUUGGCACCCAUUACAAAAUACAAAAUAAACAUAAGCCCCUUUCACCUGCUGUUUCUUUAACUGUUAAGGUAGGUUCCCAUAAAUCUGCUUGUCAGUUUCUUUUUUUAAAUAAUAGCUCACUACUGGACCUUUUGAUCUGAGUUUGGCUAGCACUUAGAUUGUUAGAAAUCUAAAAGUACUUUGAAUUGUUUUUUUUUUAUUGUUCUGGAUGUAGAUUUACAAAAUGUGAUUACCAUCUUACAAAUAAACAGUGUUAAUCAAAACUGAA